CGGUAGCUCACUGUGUGACGUCACAUGAAUGGCUGCUGCAUUUUCUGGAGUGUGUGUUUGCUGUUGAGAGAAGCUUGCAGGCUCAAGAUCAGUCUUUGUGAACCCGACGGAAUGGAUUAAAAGGCUGAUGAAAGAAAAAAGACGUUAUGAAAAACACUGAUUCAAGAGAAGGUGUCAAAGAUGGCCAGUGGUGUGAUGGGGCUCGAAAUGAUCAUGAUGAUGAAGAGGAGACCCCCAUAAGGCCAAGUUUCUCGGUGGAGGACCUUCUAGAUGAGGUGGAGAAAAUCAGCAGUGUUCCCACAUAUGGCAAGAAGGUGGAGAUUGUGGUUAGACUGUGGAAAGAUGGUUUUACUGUGAAUGAUGAGGGAUUGCGUAGCUACUCCUCUGAGGAGAAUCAGGAGUUCCUUGAAGCUCUUAAACGAGGGGAGUUACCAUUGGAACUGGAGGGAAGAGCAGACGAGGAGGAGCUGGAGGUCAGUGUGGAGGAGAUGAAGGAUGAACUGUAUGUCCCCAAAAAGAAGACCUUCUUGCCUUUUAGUGGAAGAGGCUACAGACUAGGAAGUGUGGCGCCUAGAGUUGUGGUCAGGUCUCGUUCAAUUCAUGAAGACUGCUCUGGCCCCCCUGUCCCUCCAGUGGAGCUGGAUGAAGCAUUACCCAUUACUUGUCUGCAGAUCUGGCUAGCAGACGGCCGGCGCGUGGUGCAGAGGUUUAACCUCUCUCAUCGAAUCAGCGAUGUCCACGAGUUUGUAGAGAAAGCCCAGACGUCAAGCUCACCGUUCAUCCUGACCACGUCUUUGCCUUUUCGGGAGCUCACACAGGGGAAUCUGAGCUUGGAGGAGGCUGACCUAAUGAAUGCUGUUAUUGUCCAGCGGCCCCUCAGCACACAAGAACCUUUUGGUCACUCCUGAUCAAAGUUACCUUAACCGGUCACCUUACAGUAUGGAAAAACAUUUAACAAACUCUUUUUCUGGAACACGAAAGCAUGCAGUAUUUAAUCCUUACAAAGCUGCUCAAAAGUCUAUACAACCGCAGACCUCUUGGCAUUAAUCCAGUGUGAAAUCUCUACUUUGAACUCCACCGUGAAGAAUAAAAAUAGAAAUCAUUACAUGGAAGAAAUCUCAUCACUAUCACCUCUCGUGAUCUUCAAUCAGAGUGCAAUAAUCAUAUAUUGGUAGUCUUAUAGUAAGUGCAAAUGCUGCACAUAUGUAGUGUAUACCCAGUGAAUAUUACGAAACUUAUAUAAGUACGGUUUGAAUGAAUGACUGUCAUUCUUUGUUCUUCCCUUGUUGGAUGCCUUGACCACCUCUGAUGCAAUGCAGUACAUACAUGCCACGUCUUCAAUAUUGGUGAUCAAUAAAUAUCUGACUGAGAUUGCGCUGUGAUUGAUAAAAAAGUAAUCAAUGCACUUCUCUGUGUUUGUCACAGACUUGACUGAGGCUUGUCUUACCACAAUAAUAAUACUAUUUUUGUGUGUGAUCAAAUAUUUGCUGGUUUGCUCAUGAAAUUUAAGACAGGCUUUAUUUGCAAGUGGAAGAUAUGUACAUGCACUUUAAACUAAGUGAAAAGUUCCUUUGUACUGGAGCUUUGCUUGCAAUAAACACAUUAAACAAUUAAGACCUA